CUUAGCUAAGCCACCCAUAAUCAAUACAUCUCAUGCUUUUUUAGCCGAGAAACCGCCGGGGCUCAAACCAACGCCUUGACUAUAGACGUUUAUCUGCACUGCACACAACAAGAAUAGGCAGGCGAAUCCAUUCCAUUCACACAAAGAAUCUAACUUUAUCAUUAAUCAAUUCAAUGUGGCUUGGUUUCUUGAAGCGGGGUAAAUGGUGCUGCUGAUAACUCCGUGAAUGGGGUGGUUCUUUCCAUUCAACCUUAAAGAACACGGAGACUCUACUAUCUCUUCAUUAUCAGUUGGGCAAACUUGAUGAGCUAAAUGAUGGUAUCUGAAAAGCAGCCAUCUACUGGUUUAUUAGACACCCUAAACAUGGAGACAGUUAGGACAAUCCUAACCCACCCAUACCCUUAUCCUCACGAGCAUUCACGGCACUUCCUAAUCACUGUAGUUGCGGGUUGCCUUUUUUUCAUAUCAUCAGAUAAUGUGCACACCCUUAUUCACAAGUUGGAUAGCAAUGUCAAAUGGUGGUCUAUCUAUGCUUGUUUGCUUGGAUUCUUUUACUUCUUUUCCUCUCCCUUUAUUGGGAAAACAAUUAAGCCUAAUUACUCGAAUUUCAGCCGAUGGUAUAUUGUUUGGAUAUUUCUUGCUGCACUUUAUCACCUUCCUAGUUUUCAGUCAAUGGGGUUAGAUCUUAGGAUGAACCUCUCUUUGUUUUUGACAAUUUACGUCUCAUCCAUCUGCUUCCUCCUUGUUUUCCAUGUUAUAUUUCUUGGGCUCGGUCAUCUCGGCCUUGUGGCUGGUGUUGCUAAAAGGAGGCCUGAAAUCCUUGCAAUUGUUCAAAACUGCACUGUUUUAAGUAUAGCGUGCUGUGUAUUUUAUAGUCACUGUGGUAACCUUGCAAUUAUAAAGCAAAGGACAUUUGAGCGGAAAGAUUCUAGUUGGUUUUCAUUUUGGAACAAGGCAGAGAGAAACACUUGGCUUGCAAAAUUUGUCAGGAUGAGUGAGUUCAAAGAACAAGUGUGCAAGUUUUGGUUUGCACCUGUUGGCUCAGCUAGUGAUUACCCAUUCUUAUCUAAGUGGGUUAUCUAUGGAGAGUUGAGCUGCAGUGGCUCAUGUGCAGAGUCAUCCGAUGAAAUUUCACCAAUUUAUUCAUUAUGGGCAACUUUUAUUGGCCUCUACAUUGCUAAUUAUGUCGUGGAACGUUCAUCAGGAUGGGCUCUUUCCCACCCUUUACCACCAAAGGAAUUUCAGAAAUUGAAGGAAAAGCAGAUGAAGCCCGAGUUCUUGGAUAUGGUCCCUUGGUAUUCAGGGACAUCUGCUGAUUUAUUUAAAACAGUGUUUGACCUACUUGUUUCAGUUACUGUGUUUGUGGGACGUUUUGAUAUGCGUAUGUUGCAGGCCGCUAUGAGCAGAGUCCAGGAUGGAGCGAAACAAGAAGAUCUCUUGUAUGAUCAGUUUAGUGAAAAGGAUGAUCUUUGGUUUGACUUUAUGGCGGAUACCGGUGAUGGUGGCAAUUCAUCAUACACAGUGGCAAAGCUGCUUGCUCAACCUUCCAUCUGUGUCCAAAGUAGUAGUGGCUUUAUGCUUACCUUGCCUCGUGGGGAUCUUCUUCUCAUUGGCGGUGAUCUUGCGUAUCCUAACCCAUCAGCUUUUACAUAUGAGAGGCGCCUUUUUUGCCCCUUUGAAUAUGCUCUUCAGCCACCAAUGUGGUAUAAGAAAGACCAUAUUGCUGUAAACAAGCCAGAAUUACCUUCCGGGGUUUCAGAAUUGAAACACUAUGAAGGACCUCAGUGUUUUGUUAUACCCGGAAAUCAUGAUUGGUUUGAUGGGCUUCAGACAUUCAUGAGGUACAUUUGUCAUAAAAGUUGGUUGGGUGGGUGGUUUAUGCCUCAAAAGAGGAGCUAUUUUGCCCUCCAGCUGCCAAAAAGGUGGUGGGUGUUUGGGCUUGACCUCGCUCUCCAUUCUGAUAUUGAUGUAUACCAAUUCAAGUUUUUCUCAGAACUAAUAAGGGAUAAGGUGCUAGAGAAUGACAAUGUGAUCAUUAUGACUCACGAACCUAACUGGCUUCUUGAUUGGUAUUGGAGUGAUGUGACGGGGAAUAAUAUUUCAUACUUAAUACGUGACCAUUUAAGAGGGAGGUGUAGGCUUAGAAUUGCUGGAGACUUGCAUCAUUAUAUGAGGCAUUCAUGUGUCCCAUCAGAUAGGCAAUCAGCUCAUGUGCAACAUUUAGUUGUUAAUGGUUGUGGUGGAGCUUUUCUACAUCCCACACACGUCUUUUGUAAUUUUGACCAACUAUAUGGGGCCUCCUAUGAGUGUAAAGCUUCUUACCCAUCGUUUGAGGACUCAAGCAGGAUUGCAUUAGGAAACAUAUUGAAGUUCCGAAAGAAGAAUUGGCAAUUUGAUAUUAUUGGCGGUGUGAUUUACUUCGUAUUAGCCUUCUCUAUGUUCCCUCAGUGCCAUCUAGACCACCUGUUAAAGGAUGAUACCUUUUCUGGUCACUUGAGAAGCUUCUUUAGUACAGUGUGGGAUUCCUUCACGUAUCUGUUUGGUCACUCGUAUGUAUCUUCUGCCGGUGCUAUGUUACUGUUAGUUGCAACAGUGUGUUUUGUGCCAUCAAAGGUUUCCCGUAAGAAGAGACUCAUGAUUGGGAUUCUUCAUGUGUCCGUACAUUUGGCAGCUGCCUUGAUCCUCACAAUCUUGUUGGAACUUGGUGUUGAGACAUGUAUUAGGCAUAAUCUACUUGGUACCUCGGGUUAUCAUACUCUAUAUGAAUGGUAUCGAUCAGCCGAGAGUGAGCAUUUUCCAGACCCUACUGGCCUUAAAGAACGUAUAGAACGAUGGACGUUUGGCCUUUAUCCAGCCUGCAUCAAGUAUCUCAUGUCAGCUUUUGAUGUGCCCGAGGUAAUGGCAGUGACCAGGAAUAACAUAUGCAAGAACGGGAUGAAAUCACUCUCCCGUGGGGUUGCUGUAAUUUAUUAUGCAUCUGUGUUUCUUUAUUUCUGGGUUUUCUCAACUCCGGUGGUUUCUUUGGUGUUUGGGAGCUACCUUUACAUCUGUAUCAAUUGGCUUCACUUGCACUUUGAUGAGGCCUUCUCAUCACUCCGCAUUGCUAACUACAAAUCGUUCACAAGAUUUCACAUUAACAGCAAUGGCGAUCUUGAAGUCUUCACACUUGCUGUUGAUAAGGUUCCAAAAGAGUGGAAGGUUGACCCUUGCUGGGGGGAUUCAGAGCAAAAACAGCCACAGCAGAGUGGUUUCUUGCCGAAGUUCCCCAGCAAAUGGAGAGCGGCUUCGCUAAAACAGGACCCUGUAAAUACAGUAAGGAUUGUUGAUCACUUUGUGAUUGAGCAAACGGGGAAGUCAGAUUCUUCUGGAUUGAUUAAUGGAUCAAUUGAUCCAUGAGAUUUGUGGUUUCAGCUACUAGGUGAUUUAGGAUAUUUUGUUUGUGAGAAUAGAUCAGAUCUUUUGUUCCUUUGGGCCUGGUUACACUGUUGUACAUAAUUAGUUGAUUAAAAUACUUUUAUUGAUGAGUCAUCUGGUCAGAAAUGUUGGAUGAAAUUAAAUAAUCAAUUGAAAGUUACUUUGAUUGAUUAUGAUUUCAUCCUAUGUUUACUUUGAGCGGUAUACUUAAAUUACUGUUUGCACUCAGUCCAGGGUACAAAUGUCUAAGAAAAACACGAAUCACUUGUAACUUUGUAAGCGUUUCUUUUAAUUUAUUCCAAUUACAUGGUUAAGUAUUUACAUUGAUAUCAUUGCCCGAUUCAUGUUAACCGACCUCAAUAUCUUUUUGAGAUUAAGGCUUGGAUGUUGUUGUUUGUACAUGGUAAAGUAAUAAUAAGUACUUUGUUUGUUUGUU